AUGAACGAGUGGCCGCUGAGCAAGUCCGUGCUAAGGCAAAGACCGGCAGUGCUUGGAGGACCCAAGAGAUCUCAGCUGCACUACGUGAUCCCGGCCACCUCGCCAAACGAUCUCUUCUGCGCCGUUGUCGCAUCGGCUCUCGCCAACAGAUACCCCGUACCUUUUGUCAUAGGCUGGAAGGGGGAGGGCGAGUUCGACGCAAAAGCCGCGCACAUUGCCAAGAUACGGACGAUCAAACGAUACCUCGACACGUUACCUAACGGCGGCGAAGAUGACGAUCUAAUCAUGGUCGGAGACGGCCUCGACGUUAUAGCUCAGCUUCCCGUCGAGAUUAUGAUCGAACGUUAUUUCCAACUUGUUUCGGACGCCGAUGCUCGCCUCGCGGACCGUUUCGGUAUCAGUGUCGAAGAAGCUCACAGCCGUGGGUUACGGCAAACACUUGUCUGGGGUGCUGAUAAGAUGUGUUGGCCACCGUUGUAUGAAGAGGCUCAGUGCUCGGCUAUCCCUGCAUCGAACCUCGCACACAACGCACUUGGUCCCAAAACGGGCAACGGGGAUUUUGUCUACGCAGACCCCAAAUUUCUCAAUUCGGGCUCUGUUAUCGGCCCCUUGGGUGACUUGCGCAACUUCAUUAAUGCUGGUAUAGCUGAAAUGGAAGCGACAUUUGAUCCCGAAUUCGAAUAUCACAACUCGGACCAGGUGUACCUCGCCAGACUCUUCGGACGCCAAGAACUUUCUCGAGACCAACGAGUCAUUCGCGCGCAUAACUCAGACGUCCUAGGAUCCCAUUCGAACACAGAUUUCGAAUCCUCGAAUGCAACGGAGCACCACGUCACCAUCGAUUACGAAUCGGCUCUUUUCCAAACCGGAUGCUACUUUGAUAGAUGGAUGCAUGACCUCGAUUUCAACAACUCAGAUAAUACCGCAACUGUUUCGGAAGAUGUGUUUGACCAGGGCGAAACAUUCAAGCCAUAUCUAGUUCAGAUGCCCGCCAACGUCUACCAGUCCCUGCUCCGAAUUUACAACUCGAUCGCUGGGCAUCAAUCUCUGUCCGCACAAGAGUGGAUUGGAAGUCUGAAGUUGGCUACCAAUGUCGUUUCUAAGAAUAUCUUCGGGUCCUACCACGCAACAUGCAACAAAAGGAGACUCCUUGACCGGUUCAGAUCCUUUUGGUUUCACCCGUUCAUACAACCAUUGAUGACGGCGGCCUUUCGGGACACCCACACCGGCCAGCUCAUCACAGAAAAGCUGAUUAACGGCCGUGAGUGGGUGUACAAGACAUCGUAUCCGGCGGAUGCAAGCAGUACGGACCAGCUGGGUGGGGUGUUUACCGACUUCGAGGCUGAGAGCUUUAUAUCCUACACAACCCUCUGCUCGCAACAUUUGAACAUUUUCAACCAGACACAUUAGCCCACUAUGGUCGAUUAGUAGCACUUACGAUAAUUUGUUGAGUUCGGCGCUUUUAGAGGAAAGAGGGAUGAACCUAGCGACUGCCAUCAAGAUAGGGGCGUACAUAUAGCUUACUUUGUACCGAG